GAUGAAUGUCGAUAUGCUGUCUAUGACUUCGACUUUGUGACCGAAGAGAAUUGCCAGAAGAGCAGGAUCUUUUUCAUUGCCUGGUGUCCUGAUACAUCAAGGGUGAGAAGCAAAAUGAUUUAUGCAAGCUCCAAGGACAGAUUCAAGAGAGAACUGGAUGGUAUUCAAGUAGAGCUGCAGGCUACCGAUCCGACUGAGAUGGGUCUUGAUGUUAUCAAAAGUCGUGCCAGCUGAGAAGAGUAUCCGGUGUCUGCAGUGGCGAUAUCAUAUGGUCUCUCUGUGUUUAAGUGAAAUGUUAAUAGUUUGUGGGGCUGUAAACCUGACUGAAUUAUGAUAUUGGUUUGUUGUUCAAGUUUUACUUUACAGUCUUGUCUUCAUUGAGAACAUUUCAGUGAUGUCACUUUCUAUCUUAUGAUUUGAUGUGGGGAAACUUAUGGAGGAGCGUUGGAAUGUCUUCUAAUAGUUGUACCCACUAGCUUAAGGCGUAUCACCAUCUGAGGAUAGAAAACACUUGGGUUUGUUUUUGCAACUUUUGGGAAUGGAUGUUUUACCCUUUUUACCUGGCAUGUCAAGAUAUUAUCAUUUGAUUUCAUCUACUAAAGUCACAUGUUGUUUUGGUACUUCGAAAUAAAUGUCAUCUAUCUUUAUGAGAUCA